CCCAUUAAAUCCCUAAAAUUCAAUAAUAAUAUUAUAAAAUUCAAAUCCCACUCUUUCGUCUUCUCCACCACAGAUUUCAAAACCCCGAGUUCCUUCUCUACAGCGCGAUCGAUCGAUCGAUCGGGGGGGAGACGAUGGCGGCGAAUCUGACGGCGGGAGCGAUCGCGAAGAUGCUGAGCGGAGAAGUUACAGAGGAGAAACAUAUGACGCCGAUCCUUCAAGUGACGGAGAUAAAGCUGAUUCAGCAAACGCGGUUGAACCAGGAGCUUACAAGCGUGGAGAGGUACAAGGUCGCGUUAUCCGACGGGAUCCAGUCGCAGGAAGGGAUGCUCAGCGCCGCUUCCAACUUUCUCGUCAAACAAGGGAGUAUUCAAAUCGGUUCGAUCCUCAGACUCACUCGAUUCAACUGCAGCCCCGUCAGGAAUCGGAGGAUUGUUAUUGUUAAUGAACAAGAGAUUAUUGCGGAGAAAUGUAAUAUCAUUGGGAACCCUAUUCCCAUGUUGACUACUCCUAAUGCACCUCAAGCUCAAGCCUUUGGUACUACUUCUACUGGUUUUCACCAGCAACAGGCUACGAGGAGUGGUGUAUUACCCAAUUCACCUCAAUCUCAUGCUGUUCAGAGACAACAAGCCUUUGAUGGCACUGGUACUGGUCAGGCUACAAGGAGUGAAGUCAAUGGUUUAGCUGAUUCACAUCAACCUCAAGUUGUUCAAAGACAACAAGCCUUUGGUUUUGGAACUGGAACUGGUUUUCAUCAGCAACAACCUCAAUUUGCUCAAAGACAACCAUUUGGCUCUGGUACAUCACCACCUUCUGCUAGACCAUACGUGAGCUCAAAUGCAGUAGGCUACGGAAGCUCUAGGCAGGAGCAGACUUAUUAUUCUCGUCCACCACCACCAUCUAUGUAUGUUAACAGGAGUCCAGUGGAUAGGAACCAAGCUACUCCGAUGAUUAGUCCUAUCGCUGCUCUUAACCCUUACCAGAGUCGUUGGACUAUUAAAGUUCGGGUCACGAGUAAAGGAGAGCUUAAGCAUUAUCAUAAGACUAGUGGGGAUGGGAAGCUAUUCAGUUUUGAUCUCCUUGAUGCUGAUGGUGGGGAGAUUCGUGUUACUUGUUUCAACGAGGUGGUUGAUAGAUUCUUUGACGUGAUUGUUGUUGGCAACGUUUAUCUGAUCUCGAAGGGGAGUUUGAAGCCUGCUAAGAAAGAGUACAACCAUCUCCCUAAUGACUAUGAAAUACAGUUAGAAAGUGGGUCUACUGUGCAGCAAUGCUAUGAGGAUGAUGCGGCUAUUCCGAUGAAUCGAUUCCGUUUCCGUUACAUUGGUGAUAUUGAGAACAUGGAGAGCAGUAGUAUCGUUGAUCUUAUUGGUAUUGUGCUGUCCGUCAGUCCCACUGGAUUGAUUAUGCGGAGGAACGGAACUGAGGCACAGAAGAAGGCAUUUCAGUUGAUGGAUAUGUCAGGACGAAGCGUUGAAGUAACUAUGUGGGGUAAUUUCUGCAACGCAGAAGGACAGAGACUGCAGAGUCUUUGUGACUCUGGUGCAUUCCCGGUUCUCGCUGUGAAGGCGGGUAAGAUCAGUGAGUUUAACGGGAAGCAAGUGAGCACCAUUGGAUCAAGUCAGCUCUACGUAGAGCCAGACUUCCCUGAAGCCAGAGAAGUGAGGGAAUGGUAUGAGAGAGAAGGACGCAAUGCUCCUUGUAUCUCAAUCUCUAGAGUGUCUUCCGGCGCUGGCAGACAAGAGAUUCGCAAGGUGAUCACUCAAAUCAAGGACGAGAAUCUAGGGACCUCAGAGAAGCCGGACUGGAUCACAGUCAGUGCCACCAUUUCAUUCAUGAAGGUCGACAAUUUCUGCUACACAGCUUGUCCUCUCAUGAAUGGAGAUCGUCAAUGCAGCAAAAAGGUGACCAAUAACGGAGACGGGACUUGGCGGUGCGAGAGAUGUGACCGAUGCGUGGAGGAAUGUGACUACAGGUAUAUAUUGCAGCUACAGUUACAGGACCAUACGGGAGUAACCUGGGCCACAGCGUUUCAGGAAGCUGGUGUGGAGAUAAUGGGAAUGCUAGCGAAAGAUUUGUAUUAUCUGAAGUAUGAGGAUGGGGAUGAGGAGAAAUUUGAAGAUAUCAUCCGCAAGGCUGCUUUCACCAAGUACAUUUUCAAGCUUAAGGUUAAAGAAGAAACUUAUGGCGACGAAAGUCGUGUGAAAGCAACGGUUGUGAAAGCUGAAAAGCUAGACUAUUCUUCAGAUACCAGGUCCCUGCUAGAGGCAAUGCAUAAACUCAGAACAGAAGAUGCGAACUCUCUCACUAUACACCCAGAGAGUUCCAACUACAGGUCUGGUGCAUUUAACUCAUCAGUGGACGUGCCGCCACGCAGAGAAGUUGGGUUACCUGCAGCAAAUCAAUUCAGUAACGACUCAAGACCUCUAGGCGGUGUGAUUUUGUGUGGCGCAUGUGGUAGCAAUGGUCAUGUUUUUGCUAACUGCCCAAGCUUUAUGAGUGAGCCACAAGGACAACAUUAUGUGAGCACACAAGGGAGAAACGCAGGAAGAGGCAUGCCAAGACAACAUGUUGGCAGCUACUGAAAGACUUGAUUAACUAUUUCACAUCCUCAUCAUUAUCUUUUUACAUUACUAAAGGUCAGAGGCUCUUUUGACCUUUAUAGUUUACUUCUCUACAUGUUUCAGUCGCACUUUAGUCUUCUUUGUAUAAAUCUUUUCACCGUUGGAUAAGCUAAAAGCUCUGUGAUCAAAAUCAGAUUCCAAUA